AAUCUUCACAUGUUGACAGAUUCAUGUCUGCUGAUAAUAGUGAACUCAAUGUUGAAUCAUUGAUCGAGAACUUGAAGAACGCGAUAAUGAAGAAAUUGCCCGUGUCAUGUGUGUCUGAUUCUCCCGCUCCUGCUACCUCUGUUCCCGCAACUCUCACUUCUGUCACUUCUGGUUUUACUAUCUCUGCUUUCAUUAUCAGCUCUCCCUGUUUCAAGGAGAUGUUGUAUAGACUUGAUGAAUUACAUUUCUCAGUGU